GGGGGUGGUGGCCUGCGCCUCUCCGCUCCACACAGCCACUGCUGCCGCUCCGUCGCGACUGCUGCUCCUGUUGCUGCUGCUGCUUCGACUGCUGCUGCCCCACGAUGCUGGUGGUCUAGGCGCCGCUGGACUGCGUGGAGGAAGAAGCUGCUGGUGGACGUGGUGGUGGAGAUGGUUGAUGGUCGAGGGAAGCUCCAGUGAUGGUCGUGAUGAAGCGCUGCUCCAUCUCCUUGCACGCGCACAUGGACGCGCUCAAGGUCAUCGAGGAUGACCAGGAGCCGUCGUGCAGCUCGGGGCGAGCUCCAUCUCGGGGGAGCUCUUCCCCCUUCUCGGGGUUCAAGUCCCCAGCCAAGCGACUCGGCAACCCGGCACAGCGCUCCGCCAGCUUUAGAGGGCUGCAGCGCCCCUCGCCCCCCGCUCUCCGCCCCUCGCCCCCCACCCCCCCGCGCCGCCCGUGCCGCACCGCGUCGCGCCUGUGGAGCGAGACGUUCGCCUCGGAGUCCAAGAGAGAGCUCAGCACGCGGGACGUCCGCAGGCAGGAGGCGAUCUUCGAGUUGUUCCAAGGAGAACAGGACCUCGUCGAAGACCUGAAGCUCACCAAGAUGGUUUACCAGGACCCCAUGCGGAAGCUGAACAUUAUGAGCGAGGAAGAGUCGCAGAAGAUUUUCGGCAGCUUGCAGUCGCUGGUGCCUCUCCAUCAGGAGCUCGUGGAGCGGCUGCAGGAGGCGAGGGGUCCCGACGGAUCCGUGGAGCGAAUGGGACAGAUCCUGCUCAACUGGGUUCCCCGGCUGCGCCCCGCCUACCGCUGCUACUGCUCGAGCCAGGCGGAGGCGCGCGCUCUGCUCGAGUGGCGGCGCCGCGACGAGGAGAGGGUGAGCGACUUCCUGCGGCGCUGCCGCGAGUCGCCCUUCUCGCGCCGCCUCGACCUCAGCAGCUUCCUGGACGAGCCGCGGUCGCGCCUCGUCAAGUACCCGCUGCUGCUGCGCGAGGUCCUGCGCCACACGGGGCCCGCGCACCCCGACACGACGGCCCUGCAGCGAGCGCUGGAGGAGUCGCAGGCGCUGCUGGAGGAGAUGGACGCGCUGGCCGGCGAGGCGGAGUGCCGCUUCUUCCUGGAGCGCCUGGAGCUCGGCGACGGGGAGCCGCGCGAGCCGCGGGAGCCGCGCGAGCCGGGGGCUGCGGGGGCACUCGGCGCCACGCGCAGCUUGCGCUGCCAGGGCGAGCUGCGCAACCUGCGGGGCACCAAGGUGCACGUCUUCGUGUUUGGCACUGCGCUCGUGGUGUCACGCCCGGGCUCCCGCGCUGCGGGGGGCCGCGGCCCCCGCUACCGCGUCACGGGGAGGCCCAUCCCCGCGUGCGACCUCGAGCUCUACGACCUCCGCGACGGCGAGGUCAAGGCGGGGGGCUCAUUCCGGGGGGCCUUCGGGGCCAGCGAGACCGCCAAGAACUUCUUCAAGGUGGGAUUCCGGAACCCGGCCCACGGCCCGUCCCACACGCUGCAGACCUCCGACUCCUUCAGCAAGCAGCAGUGGCUCGGCCACAUUCGGGCGUCCAUCGCUGAGCACCAAAAGGAUCUUCAGCAACAUCAACAAUAUCAUCAUCAGCAGCAGCAGCAGCAACAGCAGCAGCAGCAGGGACUGAAGGUCGAGGGGCCACCAGUGAUGAUGAGGAAACGAGGAGAAGUCCUCUCCAGGCUGCGCCCCGUGUCAGCCAUGCUUGCGUGCCCGAGGACCUCCGUCCAGGUCUGUCCCGCGGCGGGACCCGGCGCCGGAGCUGGGAAGAUCGGAGCCGGGAGGACCGGCGGUGGGAAGGGCGGCGGGGUUGGCAGAGCGUCCGGUGACGGGAGGGGUGAGCGGGCGGACCCCGGAGUUGUCGAUGUCGACGCCGCAGGAGAUGGGGACGGCAAGUGGAGGACGUCUCACGGCAUCACGGUGAAGUCUUCACUCGCUCUCGAAGAGAGAGAGGACGACUCGGAGACGCGAGGAGGAACCACAGUCGAGCGGGAAGGCAGCAGGAGCCAGGCAACGAGGAGCCGGCGACACCAACACUUGCCAAAGCUCUCCGGUCCUCUGUAUAUCAAGGUGUUAUCGGCCGACAUAUGAGUGUUUUAAAAUGUGCGGAAACCGAGGCACCCUGAGAAAACCUGCACGUGCGACAGGGAAACACUCUACCCCAAUCAUAUGGAACAGGUGGAGUCCACAUUUUGCUGUGCCGCUUCUGGCAAAGCAAGGGCACGAAAACGUCAAUCGACGCCCACGGGAAGAGAGUUUUGCAACGUUUGUGUGAUCCGCCAACCCUCGCCACCGACUCCACAUCGCUGGAUUACACCGCCUGGCUAAGUAACGAUGAUUAUAAUAACAUCAAUAAUGCUGCGUACGCAUUCGUUAUCAAGGGAAGCCUUCACCGAGUCUCGAUACUUCUUCAGGGAGGUUUUGGCCAACGAGAGUUUAUGCCUUCGCGUGCGAAGGAGGAAAACGAAGAACCCGGAAAAAAAACGGGGGCAUGCGCACGAGAGGCGGUUCCACUCAACGCUCCGCGCUGACGGAAUCAAGAAUCCGUCACUCUACCGUCAUCUCCUGGCCACAUUGCACCCACCCCAUCGCUCGCUUGAGCUUACAGCGCUGAGAAUAAUUGUACGUGCAACGUAAAUGAUACACUGUUACUUUCAGGUUAAGGCCUAUGCACACGAGGGUCAUGUAACGUAGGAUAUGAAUCUAAUUCCGGCAGUGGAUAAAAAAUUGCCAUGUGUGGUGUAUACAACAAAAUAAUAAUGUGUUAAGACCCAGGACCUCAAAGAUGUGCCCUGGCAGCCUUCCACCAUCUAGCCAUAGAUAUAUUCAAACAGAGAUCCAGACUCACACAGAACCCUAUAUAACGUAUUUUCCCGCAUAUAGCCCGCAUACGCAUAUACUGUAACCCGCAGACGCAUAUACCCCGCAAAAAUAGCGUUUUGUGUAAAAAAAAAUCAGAUAGCCCGCAUCUUCAUAUACCCCGCAGGGUCUUGUUUUGUUUAUAAAAAGUGGUAUACCCCGCGGGUUAUAUGCGGGAAAAUACGGUAUUCAUACAGAGACCCAGAGACUCAUAGAUUCACACAGAGGCCCAUAGACUCACACGGAGACCCAUUGAUUCACGGAGACCCAUUGAUUCACACAGACCCAUAGACUCACACAGCCACCUAUUGUCUCACACAGAGAUCCAUUAUAUCCCAGUGACAGACUCACAAAGUGACCCAAAGACUCGCACAGAGACAUACACACGAACUUCUAUAGAGACCCAUAGACUCGCAUCGAGACCAAUAGCCUCACAUAGAGACCCCGAGAUCCUCCCUGACGCUCUGCCACCAUCUGCUCUUCGGUCUUCUCUUCCCCCUGGUCUCCAUGGUCAUGGAGACUGCUCCGAUGCCCGUCUCGGUAACCGGACCAUGACAGAUAACAGCACUUUGCCAGUGAAAGACUAAUUGUCUCCUGGCAAAAAGCACAAUGAUAAUAUUGUUGAUAAUGAUUCGUCGUGAUUAUCGUUUCGGUCACAUUGAAUGAUUGGGGUCCAAAUGGGUGAGGCUCUUAGAGUCGUUAGCCUGGGUGCCUUGCCUGGGAAUGCAUCAUGGUCAGCAGGGUGCAAAGGGCCGGUUGGGGACGUGCCGAGCCUGUGGUACCUGCUGAGAGAAACGGGGCCCCGUGCCUUCACCCUGAACGGCUAAACUAAACUAAAACAAUGUUUAUCUUAUCAGGUAAAGCCCACUGAGCUAUGUAGCCCUUUAUCAGAAGCGACCUGGCCACAAAUGAUAGCUCCACGAAGUGGCUUGUCGCGUGGAAAUGUACAGCAGCCAAAUACUCUUUCUAAAUAUGGAGGGAAAACCCAGAGAAACCUUGAGAAAACGCGUCAGGGAUCGGGAUUGAACCCACGACCUCCUGCAUACCAGGCGAGGUCGUUAACAUCUCGCCACUGUGACGCCGUUGCCGUGAUCGCUCCACUGCUGGAUGAAGGCCUCCCUUCCCCCGAGCUGUCGUCAUCCCUCGCGAUCCAGGGAUGCAACUGAUCUGUCCGGCGCCUACGCAGAAAUUAAUUUCAUGGCUCUCAUCUCGCUCGGUGGCUGUGGCCCACGGACGCGUCGCGGUCCCUUUGCCGAGGCCUUAAAUUGACCUCCAAACGUUCUGGUCGAUUUACGAUUAUAUGUUCGAUAUUUAAUGUAAAAAAAAAAUCUCACAUUUGGCUCACGUGUACAUAAUGUGGUAAUAAU